AUGUUUAGGGUCAUAACUUCAGUCAAUAUGACUAUUCUACAGACACUUACAAGGAAGCAAGAUAAGAUCUAAUUAAUAAGAUAGCAGGUAAUAAGGAGAUCAUUUGAUUUUAUAAAAUUCUUAAUUCAUUUGACAACCUUUGAUGAAAAUUUUAUUUAAUGUGGAUCGAAUGGACUAAAUUUAUUAAUAAGUAUGAAGGUCGAUCUGGCAAAAUAAUGCUUUUAAAAUAUCAGGAUCAAGAAUACAUCUUUAUUUGGUGCUAAUUUGAUAAGAUGCAACUUGAGUGGAUC